CAUCUUCUUCAUCUCCAAGUCGACUUUUCUUGAAAUUCUGCCCAUAUAAACACCUGUAUUCUUUUUAGAAAAGCUCACAUUAUUCUCUCUCUAUUUCUCUUACGAGAAUUUUCUUUUUCCUUUUUCCACGUUUUUACUCGGACAAGAAAAUCCCAAGUGGGUUCUGAUCAAAAUUUCAAGAAAACGGAAAUUUUAAGGAAUCCACUCAAAAUUCAGCGAAAUUCAGAGGAAUCUCAUCUGGGUUUUGUCUAUAAAACCAGGAUUCUGUUCAAAUCCAAAAUCUAAGCACCAAAAGUUCCCAUUUUUUGUCGUUCAACAGUAAAAAUCGCACAAAAACUAAAAUGAGUAAUUCACCGAAUAUUAGUGGAAAUUUGGGCGACUCAAGUGUGAUUGAAGAUACAGGGAAGACCAUAGUGGUGACAAUCAUACUCCUCGUCUUUGCGGUGGUCUGUGUCGUUUGUGCCCACCUUUAUGCAAAAUGGUACUGGAACCGCCGCCAUGAGAACACCACCACAGGGCGGCGCCACCAAGUAACAGCCGUCACAGCUCUGCGACACGGUCUUGAUCCCACUGUCCUCAAAACCAUACCUGUAGUUAUAUUUGAUCCUAAGGAGUUCAAAGAUGGACUGGAAUGUUCAGUUUGCCUUUCUGAGGUCUCUCAAGGUGAAAAAACCAGGCUGUUGCCAAAAUGCAAUCAUGGGUUUCAUAUGGAUUGUAUUGAUGUGUGGUUUAAAUCUCAUUCCACUUGUCCACUCUGUCGAGACCCUAUUCCGAAUCAGAAUGAAUCCUCGUCGAAUUCUAGUAGUCCCGAAGAGACCGUAGUCCCCAUUGAAGAAAAUCCAGGCCAGCGACCAAAUUUUCCCACCAAUGUGUUGUUUUGUGGAAAUGAGACUCAAGUUAGUACCUUUAGACCUUGUUUGGAGGAUAGUCAUCAAGAUACUGCUACUGCUGCUUCCUCUCGGCCCCCUUGUUCGUCAUCAUCGGUCUCCACAAUUAAUAGGCCAGACGGAAUGCUUGUGAUUGACAUUCCAAGACAGGUUAACGAAGAGGAAGACCAAAAAUCGCCUGCCCCUUCGCGUUUGAGGUCGUUGAAAAGGCUUAUGAGUGGUAUUAAUCCUUGGAGUCCUAGAAAUGUGGAUAUGGAACAAGGAAAUAGCAGCCAAAGCUAAAAUCCUCAUUCCAAUAUCUUUACAUGGUUAUGCACAAAUUUUUCAGUA